UAGCAACGACAUUUCAAACCCCUCUCAAUGACAGUUAACAGAAUAUUUUUUUUUUAUUUUUUGAUACAAAAGGAAAAUUAUUUUCUAUUCAACGAAAUUUUAUUGCUCCCCUAUUCAUGGUGUUCAAAAAAAAAAUUUUUAGUUCUAUUGCCAGAGGCUAAUUUUUUUUCAUAAAAAAUAAUGUCUUCUGUGGGAAAACCAACGACAUGUAAAGACGCAAUUCGUCGUUGGGAGGAAGAAAAUGGACAGGAAGCUUCGACAGCAACUGAAAUUACUUUGAGUUUUCAAUGGCCACCCAUUGAAAAAAUGGAUAAUUCUCUGGCGAUUUUGUCCAAUUGUGAAAAAAUUUCCCUCUCCACGAAUAUGAUUGAAAAAAUUGCAGGAAUCAGUUCGUUGAAAAAUUUAAAAAUUCUAUCACUCGGACGAAAUUUAAUUAAAGGCCUAACUGGAAUAGAAGCAUUGGGAGAAACAUUGGAGGAACUCUGGAUAUCGUACAAUUUGAUUGAAAAAAUGAAGGGAAUUCAGGGAAUGAGAAAUUUACGCAUUUUGUACAUGUCCAAUAAUUUGGUUCGCGAGUGGAAUGAAUUUUCAAAAAUGUCCGAAUUACCGAAUCUUCGUGAAUUACUUUUCGUGGGAAAUCCAUUGUGCGAUGGUGGCGAGGCGGAUGGUUGGAAAAUGGAGGUUGCAAGAAGACUACCAAAUUUGGAAAAAUUGGAUGGAGAGCCAAUUAUUCGUUCGGAGGAAGGCACUCAACAAAUAUCAAAAUCCGAAUCAUCUCCUCAAAGUUCAAAACCGUCUGAACCAAUUGUCACUCAAUAA